CAGUGUUUUACAGAAGGCAGGAGACAGAAGAGAAAAGAUCUUCAUCACAGAUACAGGACACGCCCCAGAAUCUCCUGCUGUAAAUGAAUUCCAGAAAAAGUUCAGAUUAAAUCUGAUGAAGAAGUUUCAGUGUUUAAAUGGAGUGAUAAUAAAGCAGGAAAACCGAGUGCUCCUGAAUGAGAUCUACACAGAGCUCUACAUCACAGAGGGAGACAGUGGAGACGUCAAUAAAGAACGUGAGGUGAGACGGAUCGAGGCAGAGUCCAGGAGAACAACAACAGAGGAAACACCAAUCAAAUGUAACGACAUCUUUAAGCCCUUAUCUGAAGAAGACGAACCCAUCAGAACUGUAGUGACAAAGGGUGUGGCUGGUAUCGGAAAAACAGUCUCUGUGCAGAAGUUCAUUGUGGACUGGGCUGAAGGGAAAGCAAAUCAGGACGUCCCCCUCAUAUUUCCACUUCCUUUCAGAGAGCUGAAUCUGAUGGAGGACCAAAAACUGAGUCUGAUGGAGCUCCUUCAUGUCUGUUUCAAGGAAACAAAAGAAACAGAAAUGUCCAGGUGGGAAAAGGUUCUGUUCAUUUUUGAUGGAUUGGACGAGUGUCGUUUCCCUCUGGAUUUCCAGAACACAGUGAGAGUGUGUGAUGUAACUGAAUCAGUAUCAGUGCAUGUGCUGCUGAUAAACCUGAUCAAAGGGAAUCUGCUUCCCUCUGCUCUCAUCUGGAUCACCUCCCGACCAGCAGCAGCUGAUCAAAUCCCCUCUGAGUACGUCCAUCGAGUCACAGAGGUACGAGGGUUCAAUGACCCCCAGAAGGAGGAGUACUUCAGGAAGAGGGUCAGUGAUCAGAGCCUGGCCGAGAACAUCAUCACACACCUGAAGUCAUUAAGAAGCCUCUACAUCAUGUGUCACAUCCCAGUCUUCUGCUGGAUUUCAGCUGCUGUUCUUGAGAGAAUGUUGGGUGAAGCAGAGAGUGGCGAGAUCCCCAAGACUCUGACUCAAAUGUACACACACUUCAUCAUCAUUCAGACAAACAUCAUCAGAGAAAAGUACUCAAAGAAGCAGGAGAGUGAUGAGGAAAUGCUGCUCAAACUGGGAAAACUGGCUUUUCAGCAGCUGAAGAAAGGCAACCUGAUCUUCUAUGAGGAAGACCUGAGAGAGUGUGGCAUUGAUGUGACAGAAGCAGCAGUGUACUCAGGUGUGUGUACGCAGGUCUUCAGAGAGGAGGUUGGGCUUCACCAGAGUAAAGUGUACUGCUUUAUUCAUCUGAGCAUUCAGGAACAUCUCGCAGCUCUGUAUGUGCAUCUGACCUUCAUGAAGGAAAAGAGAAAUGUUCUUGAUCAGAGUCGGCCCUUUAAGACAAUUUCAGAUGUACACAGGCGUGCUGUAGAUCAGACCUUAAAAAGUCAGACUGGACAUCUGGAUCUGUUCCUCCGCUUUCUUCUGGGUCUCUCACUGGAGUCCAAUCAGAAACUCUUACAUGCCUUAGUAACACAGACAGGAAGUAGCUCCCAGAGCAAAAAGGAAACAGUUCAGUACAUUAAGGAGAAGAUCAGUGAAGAUCUUCCUGCAGAAAAAUCCAUCAAUCUGUUCCACUGUCUGAAUGAACUGGGUGACGAUUCUCUCGUGGAGGAAAUCCAACGCUACCUGAAAUCUGGAAAACAAAGUGAACUCUCUCGUUCACAGUGGUCUGCUCUGGUGUUUGUGUUACUGACUUCAGCAGAGGAGCUGGAGGAGUUUGACCUGAGUAAAUAUACCAGUACAGAGAAGAUAACAGAUGAGGUUCUUGUGAGGGUGAUGCCUGUGAUUGCAGCAUCCAGAAAAGCCGUGUAA